AAAAAAAAUAGCGACGAGGACAUCUCAAAGCUGUAGUCUCACCACAAACAGCGCUCCUCGAUCAAGUUGCCCGCCAUGAAGACCACGUGGAAGGACAUUCCCCCGGUUCCUACUCAGCAGGAGUUCCUGGACAUUGUGCUGAGCAGGACCCAGCGCAAACUACCUACCCAGAUCCGCGCCGGCUUCAAAAUCAGCAGAAUCCGAGCGUUCUACACACGAAAGGUCAAGUUCACACAGGAGACCUUUUCCGACAAGUUCGCCUCCAUCCUCGACAGCUUUCCUCGCCUUCAGGACAUCCACCCGUUCCAUAAGGAUCUGCUCAACACCCUCUACGAUGCAGACCACUUCAAGAUUGCCCUUGGUCAGAUGUCCACUGCCAAGCACUUGGUCGAGACCAUCUCUCGAGACUAUGUCCGUCUCUUGAAAUACGCACAGUCGCUCUACCAGUGCAAGCAGCUCAAGAGGGCGGCCCUUGGUCGCAUGGCAACGCUGGUCAAGCGAUUGAAAGACCCUCUGCUGUAUCUGGACCAGGUCCGCCAGCAUCUCGGCCGUCUCCCCGCCAUCGACCCCAACACCAGGACCCUGCUCAUCUGCGGUUACCCCAAUGUUGGCAAGUCCAGCUUCCUCCGAAGCAUCACCCGCGCCGACGUGGAUGUCCAGCCCUACGCUUUCACCACCAAGAGUCUGUUUGUCGGUCACUUUGACUACAAGUACCUGCGAUUCCAGGCCAUCGAUACCCCUGGUAUUCUUGAUCACCCUCUGGAGGAGAUGAACACCAUUGAAAUGCAGAGUAUCACGGCUAUCGCUCACUUGAGAUCCGCCAUCAUGUACUUUAUGGAUCUGUCCGAGCAGUGUGGUUACUCAGUCCAGGCUCAGAUUCAGCUUUUCCGAAGCAUCAAGCCCCUCUUCUCGAACAAGCUCGUUUUCCUUGUCGUCAACAAGAUUGACAUCACCCGGCCCGAAGAUUUGUCGCCAGAGCUCCAGGCUGAACUGCAGACCAUCCUCAAGGCCGGCGAGGUUGAGAUGCUCCAGCUCUCCUGCAACACCCUGGAGGGUGUGCAGGAGGUCAAGAACGCUGCCUGUGAGCGCCUGCUUGCUGAGCGCGUGAACCAGAAGCUCAAGGCUGGUACUACGAGCAGCGGAGCCAUCGGAGGCCGUCUGGCUGAGGUCAUGGCCCGUAUCCACGUUGCCCAGCCUAUGGGCGGCGCCGCCCCUGAGACCUUCAUUCCCGAGGCCGUCAAGAACAAGAAGAAGUAUGACAAGGACGACCCUGACCGACCCAGGCUGGCCAAGGACGUCGAGGUGGAGAAUGGUGGUGCUGGUGUCUACAACGUCGACAUGCGCGCCGACUGGAUGCUUAAGAAUCCUGAGUGGAAGUACGACAAGAUGCCCGAAAUCUUUGACGGAAAGAAUGUCUACGACUACGUCGAUCCUGAUAUCGAAGCUAAGCUGGCCGCCUUGGAAGAGGAGGAGGAGAGGCUCGAGCAGGAAGGCUUCUACGAGUCGGACGAAGACAUUGAGGACGAUGAAGAGGCCGAGAUCAUGCGCAAGGCAGAGCUCAUCCGGGAGAAGCAGCAGCUCAUCAGAAACGAGGCUCGCAUGAAGAAGAGACUCAAGAACCAGGCCAUCAUCCCCCGCAAGUUUGUCAAGAAGCCGCUCUCGGAGAUGGAAGACGCCCUGGACACUCUGGGUGUCGACACCACCGACAUCGCCGAGCGAGCCCGCGCCACUGCCAUCACCCGCGGCCGCGGCCGCUCAUUAUCGCGCCUCGGCACUGCGGACGCCGACUCCAUGGACGUCGACACUCCCAAGACGGAUCGCCAGCGUCUGCGCUCUCUGAGCAGACCUGCCAGCAGACACCCCGUCAGCCGCAGAGACGAGGGUGUCCAGGACGUGGCCACGAGGUCAAAGGCCGAGCGGAUAGCCAAGCUCAACCAGAAGAGGAUGAACAGAAUGGCCCGACAGGGAGAGGCCGACAGACAUACUUCUGCAUCUCUGACAAAGCACUUGGUUGCCGGAAAGCGCGGUAUUGGCAAAACCAACCGACGAUAA